AUGGUUUGGGAAGGAGGAGUGAUCAGAUACAGACGUAAACUGAUUGGAGCCACCGAUCCUCAAAAAUCUGAGCCUGGAACAAUCCGAGGAUAUCUUGCGGUUGUUGUUGGGAGGAACAUAAUCCAUGGAAAUGAUGGACCAGAGACCGCAAAAGAUGAGAUCAAUCUGUGGUUUAAGCCUCAAGAGCUUGUUUCUUACACCAAUAACGCUGUGAAGUGGAUCUAUGGUGACAACUAA